CUUCCUGCACCCUUUCAUCCUCAGGGCAUCCCUCGGCCUGGGGCCGGCGAGAGGCGAGGGUCGCGGUGACCUGGGCUGCUGAAGAGGCUGGAGGAGAGGGCAGCAGCAGGGUCCCGGGGCUGUCGCCGCCGCUCCAGGAGGAGGAGGAGGUGGAGGAGGAGGAGGAGGAGAAGGAGGGAAGAAAGAAAAACAUUGGCUUCUUCUUUCCCGCCAGACAGCCCGGCUGAGUUGGAAGUCCAUGAGACCUGAGAUACAUCUGGCCUAACCUUAUAAUUCCACAAUGACGACUUUGCCACCUGUGCAGAUAGACUACUCAAAGCUCGCCCUCUUAACAAGAAAGAGGGCAACGUGUUCCCCAGCAGGCCUCACAAAGGCUCAAUUGUUGAAAAUUAAAGGUGAGACUGAUACGUAUCUGGAAUUGAAAUGGAAAGGGCUGACAAAAGAAGAAGCAGCUGGCUACCGGAAUUCAUACAAGAAGAACAUUUGUAUAGACAUGCUACAACAUGGCCAUCAUAAAUCCUUCUGUGAGCUCUUCGCCCUGAUCAAGAAGUGGCAUGCUUUGAGGGAAGCUGGAGGGAUUCGGUCCAUCUUCUGGAUGCAGACGCCCCUAGAGGAGCUGCCUGAAAAACUGGACCAACUGUACUUCUUCCUGACCAAGGCUGAGGAUGCUGAGCUCGCAGCUCGCUACGAAGAAAUGUACAAUAACAUAUUUUCUUUGGCCUGUUACUUUAACAACCCGGAUGACAAGUGGUUGAGGAAUUACUUUUAUGAACGAUGCUUUAAUAUUGCUCAACUGAUCAAGGCCGAUGGUGGGAGAAAGGAAGCGGAAGCCUACUCCCAUAUGGGUCUUCUCUAUGAGGAGAAUGGUCAGCUUGAAGAAGCUGCUGAGCGUUAUGAAACCUUCCAUGAAAUGACAGAGGGACGGUUAUGGCAAGACUUGAGCGGCCACAAUCUCCACUCCAUGGCCUGUGAAAAUCUCCGGAGGAUCUACACAAUGCUAGCAGAAAGAAUGCUGAAUGACAAACAGUACAAACACGCUAUCAAGACUCUACUGAAAGCUUGUGAAAAAGCCAAAGAAGGGGGUGACAAAAAGAUGGAAGGAGAAGCUGCGUUUGCUUUAGGCUUAGCGUAUCAUGCAGCUGGAGAAUUCGAACUGGCAAAAUCAGCUUUCGACAUCUUCUCAAAUAUCUCCAUAGCCCUAGAUGAUCCUGUUGGCCUAAGUAGGGCCUAUGAAGCCAUAGGGAAGGUCCUGGUAAGCCAAGGAAACAUGAUGGAAGCCCUUACUUUCUUGGAAAAAGUUGUGGAAAUUGCAAAAAAUACUUACCAAAAAAGAAGAAUGGUAGAAGCCUGUACAAUGCUUGGGGACAUUUACAAUGCAAAAGGAUUCUAUACAAAAGCCUGCGAGUUCUUUAAGCAAGCUUUUGAUACAACCACUGAGUUCAUGGAUCCCACUGUGGAUGAGACCAAAGUCCACUAUGGAAUUGCCAAGGCUCACCAGAUGAUGAUAGCAGUCAACAGUUACAUAGAAUCUGCUGACUUCAAUAGCCUCACUCACCUUCUGACGUGGAAGGAGAACCGAAACAACAUUUUCCCAGAACCCAUCGUUGAGCAGUCGAGUGACUCCAGAAACAAAAGGCUUUCCAGUGAACAAUCAACCAAUGAGCCAGAGGCUGACAGCUGCCAGGAAUCUAAGGAGUGUAAUUCUUGAAGCGGCUUGAACAGCCAAAAA